GAUUUCCGUUGUAUUUUGGCUUGAAAGUCAGUGACGAUUAGCAGGACUACAUCUGCUCAGUGGCCUUUGAUGGACCAUCCUUAUGAAGACACAAGGUUACAAUGGGACAGAGUACCUCAGAACAAGAGGUCCAAGAAGACUCUUCACAGGACAGAAUUGAUAACCUUAAGACAUUUGUGGAGGAGGAACUACAGACGAGCACGAUGGUGGGGAUGGUGAUAGGUGCAGGUAUCACCAUCGUCCUCAUUGCCAUCCUCAUCUUCUUCAUCCUGCGGAGAAUCAAACAACGAAACUUGGAGGCUCAGGAGGCGCCCAAAUACCGCUUUCGCAAGAGGGACAAAGUCAUGUUCUAUGGGCGAAAGAUAAUGCGGAAAGUGUCGCAGUCUACGUCUUCUCUAGUGGGUACAUCCUCCUCCUCUCGGUCUCGCCUGAAGAAGAAGCAGAAAAUGCUCAAUAUUGCCAAAAAGAUCCUGCGUUUUAAGAAGGAGGUACCCAUCCUUCAAGCUAAAGAGCCCCCUCCCUCUGUGCUAGAGGCAGACCUCACUGAAUUUGAUGUGGCCAACUCCCACCUCCCCUCCGAGGUGCUUUACAUGCUCAAAAAUGUCCGCGUGCUGGGUCACUUUGAGAAGCCCCUCUUCUUGGAGCUUUGCAAACAUAUGGUCUUUUUGCAGUUCCAGCAAGGAGAGUAUGUCUUCAGGCCAGGCCAGCCUGACAGCAGCAUCUAUGUGGUUCAGGAUGGAAAACUAGAACUGUGCCUUACUGGAAUGGAUGGCAAAGAAAGUGUUGUUAAGGAGGUUUAUGCUGGAGAUAGUGUCCACAGUCUCCUCAGCAUCCUGGAUGUUAUAACAGGCCACCAGAAUCCUUACAGAACAGUGUCAGCACGAGCUGCGGAGGUUUCCACUGUUCUCCGUUUACCUGUAGAGGCCUUCUUGUCUAUAUUUGAGAAGUAUCCUGAAAGCCUAGUGCGAGUAGUUCAAAUCAUUAUGGUUCGUGUCCAAAGAGUCACAGUUCUGGCUCUGCACAACUACCUGGGGCUGACCAAUGAACUCUUCAGUCAUGAAAUGCAGCCGUCACGUCUUCCACCGCAGUCUCCGCACCCUUCUCGUACCAGUCCAGUCCGCCACGGGAAGCGCUUUGGCAGCCUGACUGUGACUGAAGAGCAUCGGGAAGCUGCUGUUAAGGGUGAAGCUCCAGGAGGAGAACAAGGGAAGGACGGAGGAGUGCCAAACCUUAGCAGAACAAUCUCGAUGCCUGUGGACAUUUCCGUUAUGCAGAAAGGUCCUAGGUCAGAUUUUGACAUGGCAUACGAGAGAGGACGGAUUUCUGUCUCUGCAGAAGAUGGCAACACACCUCCCACCUUUAUUCGGUCAGUAUCACAGGAACAGCGUGAGCGGAAGGUGACUGUAGAUGAAGUUCCCUCUGGCAUCUACUUGUAUCCAGAGGAAGAAUCAGCAGUUGACAACAUUGUCACUCCCCUAUCCAGCCGAUCGUGUGCUUCUCUGUUUGAGGAGGCCCAAAAGGAGGUGCUCAGACUCAUGAGGAUCGAGGACCCAUCCUUGUUAAGUGGGAAAGUGACACUGCACCAUGCAAAAGCUGGAGCUGUUUUAGCAAGACAGGGAGACCAGGAUGCGAGUCUGCACUUUGUCCUGUCUGGUUGCCUGCAUGUCUACCAGCGGAUGAUCGACAAACAGGAGGCCGUCUGCUUGUUUGUGACCCACCCAGGAGAGAUGGUAGGCCAGCUCGCUGUGCUCACCGGAGAGCCCCUUAUUUUUACAGUAAAGGCGGUCCGAGACUGUACUUACCUGAAGAUCUCAAAGUCAGAUUUCUAUGAGAUAAUGAGGGAACAACCGAGCGUGGUGCUCAGUGUGGCCCACACAGUUUCUGUCCGCAUGUCGGCUUUCGUCAGACAGAUGGACUUUGCUAUCGACUGGAUGGCUGUCGAAGCUGGCAGAGCCCUCUACAGACAAGAUGACCAGUCAGAUUGUACAUACAUUAUCCUGAAUGGACGUCUGCGCUCAGUCAUUCGUAAAGCAAAUGGCAAGAAAGAGUUAGUGGGGGAAUAUGGAAGAGGAGACCUCAUUGGUGUGGUGGAGGCCUUGACCAAGCAGCCAAGAGCCACUACUGUCCACGCUGUGAGAGACACGGAGCUUGUUAAACUGCCAGAAGGAACGCUGAACAACAUUAAAAGACGAUAUCCUCAGGUGGUAACAAGGUUGAUCCACCUGUUAGGACAGAAGAUUCUGGGGAACCUCCAGCAGGGUCGUGGGCCAUUCUCAGGUUCAGCCAUCAGUUUGCCCAGUAUGACAACAAGUGCAGAUGUCACCAACCCAGCGAGUAACCUCUCAACUGUGGCUGUUCUGCCUGUGUGUGAUGAAGUUCCUAUAAAUGCAUUCAACUUGGAGCUCAGCCAUGCCCUCAGUGCCAUUGGGCCCGCUCUACUUCUGACCAGUGAAAUAAUCAGAGAGCGACUGGGGGCUUCUGCUUUGGACAGUAUCCACGAGUAUCGUCUCUCUGGCUGGCUGGCCCAGCAGGAGGACAUCAAUCGAAUUGUCCUGUACCAGACUGACAACAGCAUGACCCCGUGGACUCAGCGCUGCAUUCGCCAGGCUGACUGCAUCCUCAUUGUGGGACUGGGGGACCAGGAACCAACACUGGGCGAAUUGGAGCAAAUGCUGGAAAAUACAGCAGUCCGGGCUCUGAAGAAGCUGGUUCUUCUGCACAGAGAGGAUGGACCUGGUCCUUCCAGAACGGUUGAGUGGCUCAACAUGCGCAGCUGGUGCUCCGGGCAUCUCCACCUGAAGUGUCCCCGCAGGGUUUUCUCCAGACGCAGUCCCACCAAACUGAGGGAAGUGUAUGAGAAGGUGUUUGAGAAAAUCGCAGACAGACAUAGCGAUUUCUCUCGGUUGGCCCGAGUCCUCACUGGAAACAGCAUUGCGCUUGUGCUUGGAGGAGGUGGAGCUAGAGGCUGCUCACACGUGGGCGUGAUAAAAGCUAUGGAGGAAGCAGGAAUUCCUAUUGACAUAGUGGGUGGGACAUCGAUUGGCUCAUUUAUUGGUGCUCUGUAUGCUGAGGAGAGAAGUGCUGUUCGAACAAAGCAGAGAGCCAGAGAGUGGUCCAAGGCAAUGAAUUCUGUGUUUAAAACAGUCCUGGACCUCACGUAUCCCAUCACCUCCAUGUUCUCUGGGUCUGCCUUCAACACCAGCAUCUAUAAAGUGUUUCAGGACAAGCAAAUUGAAGAUUUGUGGCUUCCAUACUUCAAUGUCACUACAGACAUCACAGCCUCAGCCAUGAGGGUUCAUCAGGACGGCUCUCUGUGGCGCUAUGUUCGGGCAAGCAUGACCCUAUCGGGGUACCUGCCGCCCCUGUGCGACCCCAAAGAUGGCAACUUGCUAAUGGAUGGUGGCUACAUCAACAACCUGCCAGCCGAUAUUGCAAGAAACGUGGGUGCCAGAACAGUCAUUGCCAUUGAUGUCGGUAGCCAAGACGAGACUGACCUCUGUAACUACGGCGACUGCCUAUCUGGCUGGUGGUUGCUGUGGAAACGGAUCAAUCCCUGGGCAGAAAAAGUAAAGGUCCCAGACAUGGCAGAGAUCCAGUCCCGGUUGGCGUAUGUGUCUUGUGUGCGGCAGUUGGAGGUGGUGAAAAAGAGCGCCUACUGUGAGUACAUCAGGCCACCGAUAGACCGCUUCAAGACCAUGGACUUUGGCAAGUGUGAUGAAAUCUAUGAUGUCGGCUACCAGCACGGCAAGUUGGUGUUUACCGGCUGGGCUCGAGGUGACAUCAUCGAGAACAUGCUGAGGGACCACCGCUCAGCUGACUACAACGACGCCAAGAGAACAGAUACCUGCACAUGCCCAGCAGCUGACUUCACUGACCUUGCAGAGAUUGUAUCGAGGAUAGAACCAGUCCAAAGCUACGGAGCGACAGAAGCGGAGGAGUCAGACUGUCUGACAGAGUAUGAGGAGGAUGCGAUGGACACUGUCAAGGAGGAAGAGGGGGGAGAGGAAGAGGAGGAAGAGGACCCUGAAGACCACUCCCCUGAAGAAUGGGGACAGAAUGGGAUCUUUCAGACUGAUGAGGACAAAUCUGUGAGACAUCGCAGGAAACUCACCAGUGACACUUCUGAGGUCUCCGACUGCUAACAGAGGGUCCUGGAGAAGGAGGAGGACCAGAACCAGAGUCGGACUGUGGAGUUAUCAACUGUGAACACGUGAGAUGUGGAUUCCACACUCGACAUUGACACUUUCUGAAACUGGAUUAAGUUUUUUACCUUACUGCACCACUUUUGAAGCCCCCCCGACUCAUUUCAUCAUGUAUUUGGAGUCAAGUUGCUUCAAAUAUGUGGUCUAAAAAUCUGAACAUGCUUUGAGGAUUUACCCCAGACAGUAUUUAAUUCAUCAUUUAAGC